UGCUCACGCAGGUGUCUGAAAACACUCGGUAUCAUCAAGAACUAAAAGGCUAUUCGCGCGUUUAAUCGUGUUCUCAACAAACGUUCGAAAUAAGCUUAGUACAAGUUAUCAUUUGUUUGCAAAUUAUAUUGUUAACUCGUUUUCAUGAUCGAACAAAAGCAAAGGUACGAUUCAACGUGAUCCAUAUAUACUUAUUGGUACCCGCAAAAAAGGUGGCUCGACGGUUGGUACAACUGAUUGUCAUUACGUCUCGUACAAUAGGUAUUCUCGCGAAUUUACGGAAAACUCGAUCCACCGAUAACUCGCGUAACGAAUUUUCAGUGUAGAGCCAAAAGUGCGUGUCAAGUGAAUUGGAAAAAAAAAAACAAUUGUCUUUGCGUGAGUUCUUAUUAACGUCGUGUGGCAUGCCAAUAGAGGAGGAUUACAAAAAGGGAGCGAAGGUAUGGACGAAGCACCCGGAAAAAGUGUGGCAGAAGGCAACGGUGGUGAGUACGGAGGCCAUCGACUUGGGUAGCCCGUACCCGCUGAGUAUAGUCACCACUGCGGAAGAUUCGAGGGAACAAAGUCGACUGGUCGUCCGUUCCGCGGACGAGUUGCCCCUCCUGCGCAACUCGUUCGACGAGCAAUACGCCCACAUGAUCGACAACCUCAACAUGCUCAACCUGCCCCACGAGGCGUCGUUGCUGCACGUGUUGGCCGCGCGCUUCGAUAGGCGAGCUUUUUACACCGACUGUGACGCCGUGCUAACGAUUUUUCUCAACCCCUGCGUCAAGGUGCCCGAGGUCUAUGGCAACUCCAAGCUCGCCAAGUGCCGCCGAUCGACCCACGCCCCAUCGGAGCCGCACAUAUUUUCCGUGGCCGAGAAAACUUACGCGAGGCUCGAGAGAGACCAGAGCGAUCAGUCGAUAGUGUUCACCGGCGAGAGCGGCUCCGGAAAAACGGAGAACGCCAAGCACGCCGUUUAUUACCUUCUCACCAGCCACCCGAGGGAUAAGGCCGUCGAGGUAAAAAUAUUCUCGUCAUCCGUGCUUCUGGAGGCAUUUGGCAACGUGGCCACCGCCAACUCCAGCAACUCCUCCAGAUUCGGGAAAUACCUGCAGUUGCAGUACGACUGGAAACAACGCCUGGUCGGGGCCGUCCUUCAAACCUACCUCCUGGACACCUCGAGGCUCGUUAGCCAGACGCCGAACCAACAGAACUUUGGCAUAUUUCACCAACUGUACUGCGUGAACGACCCCGAGUUGAGGAUCAACCAAGGCCAGAAGUUCAAGUACCUGGUGCAAGCCCGUGGCACGGACAGCGUGGGCAUGCUGUUCUCUUUUGCCGAGACCGUCGAGGCGAUGCUCGUCCUCGGCUUCUCCCCAACCCAGCAAACCGACCUGUUCAACGUACUGUCGGCCAUCCUGCACUUGGGCAACCUCGACUUCAAACAGGCCCAGGGAAGGAGCUGCUACAUUCUUAACAUGCCGUGCCUGGCGACGGUGCUGGACCUGCUCAAGGUGGACGUGACCCUGCUGGCCUCGUUGCGCAAGGGACUCUGCCACAAGCGUAUGUCGUUCGACGAGAGCGCGAUCACGGUGCCGCGGAGCGUCGACGAGGCGGAAAAGGUACGGGACGCCCUGGCCCGGCACGUCUACCUCCUGCUCUUCAAGUGGCUCGUCUCGCGGAUCAACGAGUCCACGCGUUCCAACGGUGGCGAGGCCCACGCCUCCAUCGGCUUGCUCGACCUGUACGGCUUCGAGAGCCUCGAGCCCAACAACUCCCUGGAACAGUUUUGGAUCAACUACGCCAACGAGAUGCUCGAGUCGUUUGUCCGCGCCCAACUGGCCAAGCAGCUACGAACCGAGUCGACCGAGGAGGAACGCGUGGACGCCGUUGGCUGCUCCGCCGGGCUGAUGAACGGUAUCCUCGACCUCGUCGACCACAGGACCACCAAAAAAUUGCAGAACGAAGAAGACGAGAGCGCGUCGCUGGUGCAGAGCUUGGAGGGCAGGUUCAGGACGCGGAAGAACUUCCGGAGGAUAGGACGGGACACGUCCGGCUUCGUGGUCGUCCACUUUCUCGGCGAGGUGCGCUACGACGCGAGCGGCUUCGUCGACAAGAACUCCCACGCCGGCGUUAAACAACUGCUCGAGAUACUCCAGGAGAGCAGGAACAGCGUGUUCGGCGACAUCGUUCGGCGGGAAGUGUCGGAGCCGGCAACGGCCACGAGGUACAGGAUACGGUACACGGGAAAACGGCUCUUGGCGAUCAAGGAUAACCCAAACGACGACAACAAAACGGUGAUGGCCGAGUUUCGAAGCUCGUUGUCGGCGUUGACGUCGAAGCUGGACAAAACGAGUCCCUACUACGUGCGGUGCAUCAAGACGAACGACACCAACGAGGGACUUAGCUUCGAUCCGAGGCGGGUGGCUCGGCAGGUGGAGGCUUACGGGAUCAGGGACACCCUCGUCAUGUCGGUCGGCGGUUAUCCCAGCCACAUGCGGUACGAGCGCUUCCUCGAGCGCUACCACUCGCUCUGCCCUUACGAACUUUUGGGCCGGUGCGACGUGCAAAAGGCUUGCGAAAGAAUCUUGGCCGACCACGUCAGGAAGAAGAAAAAUCAGUACGUUCUGGGCAGCGGUGAUGUACUCCUCAAGGAGGAGACGGUGUCACGGCGAUCGUGA